UACUGGUAGGACAGAUCUAUCAUGAACAUAAAUUAGCUUCAAUCUAUGCAUUAUUCAAUAUUGCGUACGCAACAAAACUGCUGAGUAAAGACGAAAUAAGAAUUGUUGAGUGUUUGCUACAUUCUGAAAAUGUGCUCAAAGCUGGUAUUAUUUCACAUAUUAAGGAUGAAAAGCCAACAUUUGUGCAUCAAACUUACGCCGAGUUUUUUGUGGCAAAGUUCAUUUGGGAAAAAUAUUCUGCCUUUGAAAUUGAUAAAUUUGAAUCAUUCGUUGAUUUGAUUUUCAUUAAAAACUUUGUAGAAGGCGAUCGAUCCCAAAUCACACACUUUUUGCUGAAAAUUGCCCAAUCUGAGGAGCAAAACGAUGUGGUUAAAGUCAGCAAGGCUUGUGUCUUGUUAGAUCAACUUUUGAGUUUGAAACUGUGUUCACAAGCAGAAUUCAGCAAAAGAUCAAUUUCAUUCUUGCUGGGAAUAGUUGAAUGCUCAAUACCAGAAAAAGGAACUGAGGGCUUUGCAAAAUUUAAAUCUAUCGUGAAUAAAAAACCUAAAUCCAGAAAUAUUUUACUUCUUAAAGCAGCAGAAAAUGGUUACUUAAAACUUGUACGCUUGACAAUGGACGAUUCCCCUGACGAUUGGAUAAACAUUUCUUUUGACUGGUUAGAUGGCUGGACUGCGCUACAUUUUUCAGCAAACGGUGGUCAUGAACCCGUUGUAGACUAUCUUUUGGGUAAAUCAGCGAUUGUCGAUACUGAAACGGCUGAAAAUGGACAAACUGCGUUACAUCUCGCUGCAGCAAAAGGUCACUCAAGCAUUGUUGAGGCACUAUUGGGUAAGAAAGCGAAUAUCAACGCUAGAACGACGGACUCUGGAGCAACUCCACUGCAUUUGGCAGCGCAGCAAGGAUCAACUGAAGUUGUUUCCAAAUUAUUAGAAAAUGGAGCAGAUAAAUAUGCCACUACGCUGGUUGAUGGUGAGACUCCUUUGCAUAUUGGUUGUCGUCAUGGUCAUCUGAGUAGCGUAAAAUUAUUAAUAGAUAAUGAGCAAGAUAUCAAUCUUCGAACAACGAAAACUGAAUCCACACCAUUGCACGUUGCGACUGAGAAUGGACACUCUGCCAUCGCUAACUUUUUAUUGGAGAAAGGCGCCUUGGUCAGCGUUGUAACGAAAGAUUUGGGAUUCACACCACUGCAUUUUGCUGCUCAGAAUGAUUUAAGCGAAACAGUAUCACUUUUAUUGGAUAAAGAUGCACCAACUGACAGUAUUUCAAAGUCAGAUGGACAAACAGCAUUACAUUUAGCCGUAACUCAUCGAAAUGCUAAUGUUGUUAGUCUACUUCUAGAGAAAAAAGCAAACAUUAACAUCCAAACUGAAAACGAUGGUUGGACUGCACUACAUUUAGCAAUAAGAAACAACUCUUAUGAAAUGGUUGAAAUGAUGCUGCAAUACGUAACAGACAUAAAUGCAAUCAAUGUUUGCAAAAAGAAUCAAACUCUGAUACACGAAGCCGUGUUAACUGCCGCCCGGAAUUCGUCGGAAUAA